GGUGACGCCGUGACGGCGCGUCUGUCCUGACAUCACUGGGCGCGACAGAUUAUUGCCAUCUGUGCUGCAUUUCAUCGUCUCUCCCACAGCGCCCACAGCGCCCACACAUGGCCUGAUAGCUGCCCGCGCGCCCCCAGAAGCUGCAGUGCUUCCAGCCACACGCCAUGCCGCAGUCCAAGCAGUACCUCACCCUCCACACCGUCGACCAUGCCCACCCCCGGGCAGCCGACAUCUUCGCCGUCGCGCCCACGCCCACCCAGCUCCUCUCCGCGUCUGGCGGGUCCGCCAUCAACGUCUACGAUACCACCCAGCCCGACUUCCCGCUCGUGCAGACCCUCGACAAUGCCCACCCGCUGGGCAUCCACCACCUCGUGACGGCCAAAGAAGCGACCGCCCGGCGCGCCGCCUCGGCCGGCUUCGAGGGCCGCGUCAACAUCUGGUCGCAGGGCCCCGACGGCCAAUGGGCGCUCGACGGCGCCAUCACCGACCAGAACACGCCCGGCUCCAUCUGGGCCAUUGCCCUCAGCGCCGACGGGCAGUACCUCGCCUCGAGCAGCAUCACCGGCCAGAUCAACGUGUGGAGCCUGGACCGCGCGCAGAGCUUCCCGCGCAUACGCACCUACGAGACCAAGGGCAGCUUCGGGCUGUGCGUCGCGCUGAGCGACAACGGGAGCUUCACGGCCUCGGGCCAUGAGAACGGGAGCAUCUACGUCUUCAGCAACGACACGGGCCGUCUGGUGCACUCGCUCGCCGGCCUUGUGCAUCCUGUGCGCAGCGUGGCGUUUUCGCCCGCGAGCAAGCUGCUCGCCGCCGCUGGCGAUGCGCGCGUCAUUGCGCUGUACGACGUCAAGUCCGGCGAACAGGUGGCCAACUUCACGGGGCACGGCGGCUGGGUGUUGACGCUGGACUGGAGCGACACGGGCGAGUACCUGCUGUCUGGGAGCCACGAUGCGAAGGCGAAGGUCUGGCGCGUCGAGACGCGGACCUGUGUUGCGACGCACGCGCACGGAGACAAGCCGCUGUGGACGGCGAGGUGGCUGCCCAAGGCCCCAACCAGGAGCGAGAUGUUUGCGCUGGGCGGCGGGAAUAACUCGAUCAGCUUCUACAGGGAGGCCGCCGGUUGAGGAGCACACGCCGACCGCACCAGAUGCUACUGAAUGAGCGGGCAUCGCUCCGUCGAGACACCAUGUUCGAGCUCCUCGGAGAAGAGCGCGAGGGCACACGACUGCUCGCCCACUCGCACCCAGAUACCCUCACCUGCAUCUGCCACCCUUACAACGACCUUACGUAACGAGCCGCGGCAACAGACGCCCCAUGAUAGAACGAGAUGAACAAGAUAAUCACUGCAUCCAAAACUGCCUCGUCGUCGUCAUCGUAUUGCAGG